ACAUCAAGAAAAGCUCCAAACUGAGUGGCUAAAUGGUGAGAGUACGAUUUAGAGGACAGCCUAUAAAAAGAGUCGAGGAACUGGGCACAACACUGAGAGACGCAGCUUUCACAAACUCAGAUUACACAAACCAGGAACUUUACAGUCAAGACAAGCUAAUAUUUAGCUGCAUAAUUAGCCUGUUUUUCUGCCUGCUGUCAGAGAAGUCACCAUGACCCUACUGCUGAACUGCUGGAUGUGUUUGGUUGCUCUAUCACUUGCAGUGACCACGAGCCAUGGUUUAAGAAGAAUUACUCUCAAGAAGAUGCCAUCCAUCAGAGAGACGCUACAGGAGAUGGGGGUUUCUGCAGAGCAGGUGUUGACUGAGCUGGCCCAGAUGAGUACAGCUGACCCCAAUAAUGGGACAGUUCCCACACCUUUAACCAACUACUUGGAUACUCAGUACUUUGGAGAAAUUAGCAUCGGCUCCCCAGCCCAGAUGUUCAACGUGGUGUUCGACACCGGUUCAGCCAACCUGUGGGUGCCCUCACAACGCUGCUCACCUUUCUCCACCGCCUGCUUUACUCACAACAGGUAUGAUUCAUCCCAGUCCCACACUCAUGUUGAGAAUGGCACCGGAUUUUCAAUCAAUUACGCAUCAGGAACUAUCAGGGGAUUUCUGAGUGAGGAUGUUGUUGUGGUUGGUGGCCUCCCUGUUGUUCAAGUAUUUGCCGAAGCCACCUCCCUGUCUGCAAUGCCAUUUAUUUUUGCCAAGUUUGAUGGGGUCCUGGGGAUGGGUUAUCCCAAUGUGGCAAUUGAUGGCAUUACUCCAGUGUUUGAUCGCAUUAUGUCUCAGCAUGUCCUCAAAGAAGAGGUGUUUUCAAUCUACUACAACAGGGACCCAAAACACUCCCCUGGUGGAGAACUGCUCCUUGGGGGAUCUGACCCAAACUACUACAUUGGAAAUUUUAAUUACCUAAAAACAAGAGAGAUGGGAAAAUGGGAAGUCACCAUGAAAGGGGUUUCUGUGGGAGUGGAGACGAUGUUUUGUGCAGAGGGCUGCACAGCUGUAAUCGACACGGGCUCCUCCUAUAUAACAGGCCCCGCCUCCUCCGUCUCGAGGCUGAUGAAGACCAUUGGAGCUCAGCUGGAUGAAACUGGAUAUAAGGUCAACUGCGACACUGUGAAGAUGUUGCCCAGUGUCACGUUUCAGCUGGGAGGCCAGGAAUAUUCUUUAACGCAUGAGGAUUACAUAAUAUGGCAGUCACAGAUCGAAGGGGAUGUCUGCACCGUCACGUUCAGAGGGUUGGAUGUGCCACCGCCUACAGGUCCCAUCUGGAUUUUGGGAGCCAACUUCAUUGCCCGAUACUACACAGAGUUUGAUCGUCGCAAUAACCGGAUAGGGUUUGCCACGGCAGUCUGACAAGAACCUAAAGUCCAAAUAUAUUAACCUGUCUCCCCACUUUAUUAUUGCUACUGUUUUCCAAUACUUUCUUACCACCUCAUGGUGGCCGGCUGACUUUUCUCUGCUUUUAACAUAACUAGCUUUUUAAGCAGUGACAAAGAGGAAUGCAAAGCAUUUCUUGAAUAUUUCUUUUCUUUUUUUUGACACAAGUUGCACUGGACUAUAAAAAAAUAUUUAUACUCAUGUUUACUAGCAAAUUAAUUAUUUCUGUCUUUCGCUGUGCUUGAUAUGAACAAUUUAAAUAAUACCUAUGAGAAUAAAAUUCUCGUAUGAGCUUUA